AUGGGCAUUCAGGGCAGCCUAGUGAAGAGCUACGACUACCUGCUCAAGUUCCUUCUGGUGGGCGACAGCGACGUGGGCAAGGGCGAGAUCCUCGAGAGCCUGCAGGACGGCGCCGCCGAGUCGCCCUACGCCUACAGCAACGGCAUCGACUACAAGACCACCACCAUCCUGCUGGACGGCCGGCGUGUAAAGCUGGAGCUCUGGGACACCUCGGGGCAGGGCCGGUUCUGCACCAUCUUCAGAUCCUACUCCCGGGGCGCCCAGGGCAUUCUCCUGGUGUAUGAUAUCACCAACCGCUGGUCAUUUGACGGUAUUGAUCGCUGGAUCAAGGAGAUUGAUGAGCACGCACCGGGGGUCCCCCGGAUCCUGGUGGGGAACCGGCUGCACCUAGCCUUCAAGCGGCAGGUGCCCACUGAGCAGGCCCGUGCCUACGCGGAGAAGAACUGCAUGACCUUCUUCGAGGUCAGCCCGCUGUGCAACUUCAACGUGACUGAAUCCUUCACGGAGCUGUCACGCAUCGUCCUCAUGCGUCAUGGCAUGGAGAAGAUCUGGAGACCUAACCGUGUCUUCAGCUUGCAGGAUCUCUGCUGCCGCGCCAUCGUGUCCUGUACUCCCGUGCACCUCAUAGACAAGCUCCCGCUGCCUGUCACCAUUAAGAGCCACCUCAAGUCCUUCUCCAUGGCCAACGGCAUGAACGCUGUCAUGAUGCAUGGCCGCUCCUACUCGCUGGCCGGCGGGGGCAGCGGAGGGAGCAGCAAAGGCAACAGUCUCAAGCGUUCCCGCUCCAUCCGACCCCCACAGAGCCCCCCUCAGAACUGCUCGCGCAGCAACUGCAAGAUCUCCUAG